AGGUCACGCGCUGGCCAGGCUCUUCCCGGGCUCCGCUUCCAGAUUCCGGCUCUCCCCGGAGCUUCGCAAUCCUCACCCGAGCACUGUCCCUCGUGGCCUGGAUCUCAGGUGUGCAAGGCUAGGAAGCGUGGUGGCUGCGUACAGUUCCAAAGAGCGGUAUUUGUUAACAGAACAAUUAUUUCGUAUAAGCUCCAUCAGAGACAAUUGAAGACAAAAAACUACCGUCCCUAUAUAUAACUAAUUUCUGCUCUGCACCAGUAAGAACCUGCUUUAAAUUUCCAUCCCAAGCUCGUUGUGCAGUAGUGCUAGCGGCUUUUCAAUUGUGUGCUGGUAACUGGUAGUUGUCAUUUGUGCCCGGCUGUGUGAUCCGCCCCUGUCAGCGAGCUGGGAGCUUGAAACCGUCACCACCCUUCCAACUCACCAGGGCAAAAAUGGUUGAAGCAGAUCGUCCAGGGAAGCUCUUUAUUGGUGGGCUUAAUACAGAAACAAAUGAGAAAGCCCUUGAAACAGUAUUUGGAAAAUAUGGACGGAUAGUGGAAGUACUCUUGAUGAAAGACCGAGAAACCAAUAAAUCAAGAGGAUUUGCUUUUGUUACCUUUGAAAGCCCAGCAGAUGCUAAGGAUGCAGCCAGGGACAUGAAUGGAAAGUCCUUAGAUGGAAAAGCCAUCAAAGUGGAACAAGCCACCAAACCAUCAUUUGAAAGUGGUAGACGAGGACCACUUCCACCUCCCAGAAGCAGAGGUCCUCCCAGAGGUCUUAGAGGAGGAAGAGGAGGAAGUGGAGGAACUAGGGGACCUCCCUCACAUGGAGGGCACAUGGAUGAUGGUGGCUAUUCCAUGAAUUUUAACAUGAGUUCUUCCAGAGGACCCCUUCCAGUGAAAAGGGGACCACCACCACGAAGUGGGGGUCCUCCUCCUAAAAGAUCAGCACCGUCAGGACCAGUUCGAAGCAGCAGUGGAAUGGGAGGAAGAGCCCCUGUAUCACGUGGAAGAGAUAGUUAUGGAGGCCCACCUCGAAGGGAACCCCUCCCUUCUCGCAGAGAUAUUUAUUUGUCUCCUAGAGAUGAUGGAUAUUCAACUAAAGACAGCUAUUCAAGCAGAGAUUACCCAAGUUCUCGUGAUACAAGAGAUUAUGCCCCACCACCAAGAGAUUAUACUUACCGUGAUUAUGGUCAUUCCAGUUCACGUGAUGACUAUCCAUCAAGAGGCUAUAGUGAUAGAGAUGGAUAUGGUCGGGAUCGUGACUACUCAGAUCAUCCGAGUGGAGGUUCCUACAGAGAUUCAUAUGAGAGUUAUGGUAACUCACGAAGUGCUCCGCCUACACGAGGGCCCCCGCCAUCUUAUGGUGGAAGCAGUCGCUAUGAUGAUUACAGCAGCUCACGAGACGGAUAUGGUGGAAGUCGAGACAGUUACUCAAGCAGCCGAAGUGAUCUCUACUCAAGUGGUCGUGAUCGGGUUGGCAGACAAGAACGAGGGCUUCCCCCUUCUAUGGAAAGGGGGUACCCUCCUCCUCGUGAUUCCUACAGCAGUUCAAGCCGCGGAGCACCAAGAGGUGGUGGCCGAGGAGGAAGCCGAUCUGAUAGAGGCGGAGGCAGAAGCAGAUACUAGAAACAAACAAAACUUUGGACCAAAAUCCCCGUUCAAAGAAACAAACAAAAAGUGGAAACUAUUCUGUCAUAACUACCCAAGGACUACUAAAAGGAAAAUUGUGUUACCUUUUUUAAAUUUCCUGUUAAGUUCCCCUAUAUAAUUUUUAUGUUCUUGUGAGGAAAGAAAAGUAAAACAUGUUUAAUUUUAUUUGAUUUUAUGACUUGCUCUCAACAAGCAAAUGUUUAAGUGUGUAAGGCUUGACUUGUUGUACUGGUGUUGUAAUUUUCCAAGUAAGUGUCUCUAAAUGCCACUUCCUACUUGAUUUAUUUCCCCCAGUAAAUAAGACAAGCAAUUCUGAGCUCCACAAACAUCUAGCCAUCUAGAUGUACAAUGAUCUCCAUUGAGAGAUGAACCAUUUUACCUGUACAGACAAGCUAGCUAUUAGAGGGUGGUUGGGGUAUGCUACUCUUAGGAUUUCAGGGUGUUUUCCAACUGGAAUCUCCAUGUUCUCAGUAUGAAAAGGCGUCAAAUCAGAUACCUAUAUAAGGAAAGUGCGAUUCAUCCAGUAAACCCAAAAGCAAAUGGAUUAUGCUGCCCAUAAUUUGCCUUUUUGACAUUUCCUUGGAAAUCUGCAAGAACCUCCCUUUUCCCCUCCCCCAGUAAGUGUGUGUUAAACAACUAUAGAAUACUAAAUAAAGUUUGGCCAAAACUAAAUAAAUUUCCAUGCCAAUUUACAACUCCCAUACUGUGCCAGGCAAAGUUAGUGGCUAUUGAAAAUACCACCAGGACAGGGCUAUCUAAAGACACACACACACACACA